AUGGUAUGGAUAUGUCUUGGCUUAUAUGCCGUCCCAAGAUAUGACCAAACUUCACCACCUGCAAUACCACAACCACCUGUGAAAAACAGGAGUGGAUCUGCACAUAAGAUGUCGCUGGGAUUUAUUGCAGGCAUUUUCGCAACAAUGUUAGUGGCCUUACUCUACUGGCUCUUCAGGAGAAAGGUCAUUCCACUUCUUAAGCAGCGUAAGACUUUGACAGGAAAGGAACAUAAAGGCUUUGAAUGUGAUAAAAUAUCAUUAAGGUAUUUUGAUUUUAAGGAACUAGAGAGAGCAACAGAAAAUUUUAGCCAAGAUUGCUUGCUGGGUUCUGGUGCAUUUGGAAAUGUCUACAAAGGAACCUUUGACUUAGAAGAAAUUCUAGCCAUUAAGAGAGCUCAUUCCGAAUCAUUCUUAAGUGUGGAAGAAUUCAGAAAUGAAGUCAGGCUCCUUUCAGCUGUAAGGCACAGGAAUCUUAUUGGUCUGGUUGGAUAUUGUGAAGAACCAGAACGAGAUGGAGCCAAAAUACUAGUCUAUGAAUAUGUUCCAAAUGGUUCACUGCUUGAGUACAUCAUGGGAAGCAGAAUAAGCCUAACUUGGAAGCAAAGAGUGAAAAUAGCAAUAGGAGCAGCAAGAGGCAUAGCUUAUUUGCAUGAAGGGGUGAAGCCAAGCAUAAUCCACCGUGAUAUCAAACCAAGUAACAUCCUAUUAGGGGAAGGUUUUGAGGCUAAGGUUUCGGAUUUUGGGUUAGUAAAAUCAGGGCCAACCGGUGAUCAGUCACACGUCAGCAGCCAGAUUAAAGGGACACCAGGGUACCUUGACCCUGCCUAUUGUUCAAGCUUUCAUUUGACCAAAUUCAGUGACGUUUAUAGCUUUGGUGUUAUACUUUUGCAACUUGUUUCAGCUAGACCUGUGGUGGAUUCCACUGAAAAACUAAGUAAUCAACAUAUUAUUGACUGGGCAAAGCCAAGCAUAGAGAAGGGAAGUGUUGAAGAAAUUAUAGAUGCAAAUCUACUAUGUCAAAGUAAGCCAUGCAAUAUGGCCGUUAUGCUGAAGAUGGGGCAACUUGGUUUAAGAUGUGUGGUUGAAGAACCAAAACAUCGCCCAACAAUGACUCAGGUGUGUCAAGAACUAGAGCAAGCCCUCCACUCAGCUGAUAGCUUCAACAGCAAUAAGCAGUCUUUAAAGGAAUUCUCUACACCAAUUGGCUCAUCCCAGCAAUCAACGAAGUCAGAGACACGGGGAUCAGUUGAAUCAUAUGAUUGCUCACAGAGCUUUGUUAGUAUUGAUGGUGUUGGAUUUCAGAAAUUCCAUGUUGACAUGGAUAGCUUCUCCUUUAAGAGCACAGACUUAAGGUGCCUAGAAAAUAACAGUAUCAGUAUUAAGAUGGAUAGAAUAUAA